GGCCUUUUGAACCACAGGCCCGGCGGCCCGCGCUCUGCCUAUCUCCUCCGCAGUCAGCCACUGCGACUGCGAGCCUCCGACCAACUACCACCACCAGUCCACUACCACCACCGCGACGGAGAUGACGCCGCCUCACCUCCCCGUCACCGUCGCCGUCGCCGUCCUUCUCCUCUUCCUCUGCCUCCCGGCGACCUCAGUCGCUGCCGCCGCCGCCGCUGACCCGACCCCGACCCCAUGGCCCCCGCAAUUCCACGCGACGCUGGUCAUGGAGUACCACGGCAACAUGUCCGUGGCCGACCUCUGGUACGACUGGCCGGGCGGCCGCAACCUGCACAUCAUCCGCUACCAGCUUGCCGCCGACGCGCCCUACUAUGACAACGAGUGGAACAAUGGUACCUCCUUCUUCUACACCCCGGCGCGCCGCACCUGCCGCUCCGCCGCCGUCGGGGUCGGCAUCCUCCGCCCCGACUGGCUCCGCCCUGGCUCCGUCUACCUCGGCCGCCGUGACGCCGGUGGAUUCGACUGCCACGUCUGGGCCAAGGCCGACUUUAUCACCUACUACGAGGACGUCAAGACCAAGCGACCUGUCAAGUGGGUCUUCUACACAGGUAGGAUCGCGUACGUGAUGAGCUUUGAGGUGGGAGCGGUGCUGGAGGACGCAGCGUGGCAGGCCCCAGAGUACUGCUUCACCAAGGACGGUGGUGGGCUUGCCGAUGCCGCCGAGACCACCACCGAGAUCUCUGAUGGUGGGCAUCAUGGCAGCAGCAGCUUCAUCCCCAGGAGCGUGCUGUGACUGUGAGGACUCAUCUUGCGGCCAUGUUAAUGUUAUGUUCCCAUCCUGGUCCCCCGGUAGAGCUUUGGUGGCCUUUGGGCAUGGAGGUGAGGUGUAAACAGGGUGUGUGGUGGCUAUGAUUUACAUGCCCUCAUGUACCACUGCCUCUUGUGCGGUAAUGUUUUUACUUUUAAGGAGAUUAACUCUGCUUUUUAUAAAGCAAUUGUGCAGUAAUGUUUUGCCUGUGUUUUGUUAUCUC